UUGCACACGAGUUGAGCAAAAGGAAAGUAGAGGAAAUUUUCGAGAGUGGAGGAGGUGACUCAGUUUACAAUGUGCAAUUCACAUUUACUUGGAACUGAUAUUGUUAAUAGGGAGGAACACAUUACAGGAGAGACGGACAGAGAGAAUUUUAAGGAUUGAAGACUUUCAGGACGUGAAGUGAAAGUCAGAACGUGAUUGAGGGGAAUUUCUGAUGUGUUACAGGAAUACACAUUUCCUUCGGGAAUAUCACAUUCACAGCAGGACGUUUCCAAAAAGACUGUAUUUUAAAACGGCAGUUAUCCUAAGUGUUUGAUAAUAUGGAACUGAAAUGGACACUUCUUCUUUUGGGUCUCUUUCUGCCAUCUUGUAGUGGAUGUGCCAUCGGAUUCAGAUUUGUUAAAAAGAAAUGUGUUGAUGAAAAUGAGUGUGAAAUAAAUUUGAAUCCGUGUGGUGAUCAUUCACACUGUGUAAAUACAGAGGGAAGUUACUACUGCACCUGUCAUGAAGGAUUUCGAUCCAAAACCGACAAUUUCACUGCGACAACCGGAGAGUGUGAAGAUAUAAAUGAGUGUAUUGAGAAUGAAUCCGUGUGCUCACUUCAUUCAGUGUGUGUGAACACCAUUGGCUCUUUCAAGUGUAGGUGCCUUUCUGGGUACCAGGUAACACAUGGAGGAAACGGCGAAUGUAAAGAUGUGAAUGAGUGUGAGUCGUCAGUGUGUGGCGCUCACAGCACUUGCACUAACACACCUGGCAGUUUCUCCUGCAGCUGUUCUUCAGGUUUCUAUAAACAUGAGAAGAACUCCACCUGUACAGACAUUGAUGAGUGUGCAGACGUUGCAGAUCUGUGCGGCUCACAUGCUAAUUGCAACAAUACUCAAGGCAGCUACAGCUGCAUUUGUCACCGUGGAUACAGUAACUAUGGCAACAACCAGUCAAAAUGCAUAGAGAUGAACUGUGAGCAGUUUAAACCUGAAGAUGAAACACACCACACACCUGAAAAGCUGAAGAGUUUACUGUCACUGUUGAUGAAGAGCUGCAAGUCUCUGAAUGAUUCAGAUGCCGAGCGUUUCACAGGGGAAGAGUUACUGGAGAAUCUGUGCAUGUCCUCUGAUGAGAUGCUGUCGGAGGGGAAUCUUGCUGACAGUGAAACAUUGAGUCAGUUUCUGGGUGCGAUGGAGAACAGCAUGCGUCUGAUUGGACCACAACUCAAAGAGCCUGUAACCAGAUUAGAGACACACAAUACUUACGCUGAGGUGGCUGUAAGGCGUGAUGAAGCUCCUCCCACUGGGAGUGUCAUUCUGAGCACAGACUCCGCCCACUUCAACACCAGCUGGAAAACGGUAGUAGGGAAGUCAUAUCCAGGUUUUGCGUUUGUGGCGCUGGUCAGUUAUAAAGAUCUAAAUUCAUCCAGCAAUUCUUUCAACAAGAUAAGCAGAAUAUCACAACAGGAGGAUGUGAGCAGAGAGAGAUCGGACACAAAGGAGGGAAACAUUACUUAUCAACUCAACUCAAGAGUGGUGACAGCCGUCGUCAGUAAUCCAGAAACAAAACACCUGUCUGAUCCUGUUACUCUCGUCUUUAAACACGUGCAGGAGAGGGCGGAGUCUAAGGGCAUGUAUUACUCUUGUGUGUACUGGAAUGAGACUCAGGGGGCGUGGUCUGGGCGGGGCUGUGUGAGGGCAUGGUCUAACAGCACUCAUACAGUGUGUUCCUGCAGUCACCUGAGCAGUUUCGCAGUGCUCAUGGCUCUCUACCCCAUCAAGGACACAUUUGCGUUGGUGUUGAUCACUCGCGUGGGUUUAGUUCUGUCUCUGAUCUGUUUACUGCUGUGUAUUCUGACGUUCCGCUUCUGCCAUUUCAUCCAAGGAACCCGGAACAGCAUCCACCUCCAUCUGAGCGUGUGCCUCUUCAUUGCUGACCUCGUCUUCCUCUGCGGGAUCUCCAGUACUUACAACAAGGGAGCUUGUGCGUUUGUUGCUGGAUUGCUCCAUUUCUUCUUCUUGGCUGCGUUCUGCUGGAUGCUGCUGGAGGGAGUGCAGCUGUACCGAAUGGUUGUCCUGGUGUUUCAGAGCACGCUUAAGCAUCUCUACAUGUAUGCCGUUGGAUACGGAGCCCCUCUCGUCAUUGUGACUAUCUCUGCGAUUGUUAAUUGGCAAGGAUACGGCACUGAUCGACACUGUUGGCUCUCUCUUGAUAAUUAUUUUAUCUUGAGUUUUUUCGUGCCCGUCUGCAUCAUCAUCAUCAUAAACAGCAUUUUCUUCAUCAUCACUGUGUGGAAACUUGCCAAAAAAUUCUCCAGUCUCAACCCAGACCUCUCCAAACUGCACAAGAUUAGGAGAUUUACAGUGACUGCAGUGGCUCAGUUAUGUGUUCUUGGAGGGAUGUGGGUUUUCGGCUUUUUCCUCUUUCAAGAGGAAGGAACUCAGGUCAUGUUAUACCUCUUCACUAUUCUCAGCAGCCUCCAGGGGGCGCUCAUGUUCAUCCUGCACUGCCUCCUGUCCAAAACGGUCAGAGGAGAAUACUACAAGCUGUUUAGCAGAAUCUGGCCACAAAAGAAGAAAGCAGAAUACAGCACUAACCAGUCCAGUAACAGUCAGCAACCUCUACAGGGUAAUGAUAGCACAGGAGAAUCACAGAUAUAAGAAGCUUGUCAUAUCCUGAUGGAUCUUUACCAAUGCUUGACCUGUAAAGACACAUGAAAGCUUUCUACUGGUGAAGACUUCUCGAAAGCUUAAAUUUUGCUGUCAACCUUACCUUUCCAAUGAGAAGAUCUUGCUUUCUGUGUGUUCAGACAGAAUAUUUCAGAUGUUGGCUCAUCACAACUGUUACUGAAAGUGGCGAUUUAGGCCUGUCUUAACGCAUCUAAUGCAAACAAAUAAUAUAAUUAGAUAACAUGAAUGAAACAUUUGGGCUACGUUGCCCCUCAAAGACUAUGGUGUGCUAGCUAUUCUUUGUUGUGCCUUAACAACUGGGAAAGGUCUUCGAUUUCAGAUAAUGCAAAAGGCAGCUUUAGUUCCCUGAUAUUGGAAAAUGUGUUUUAAAAUUUUAUUUUUUCCAUAAUUACAUGUUGAAUUGCAUAUACACUCCAAAAAUUUUUUUGACUAUUUUUAAGAUUUACGCAUUUUAAGUACAAGACAAAAUUCCAUACAAUUGAUUUGUAAAAUUGUUUAAAUUAAAUUAAUAAAAUAUAAUAUACUAGUUUUUUUUUUUUUUUAAAGAUUGCUCAAUUCAAUUUGAUGGAACUUUGUUAUGGAAUUGAAAUGCAUAAUUCUUUAAAAUAAAAUGAGUGCAGUGAGGUAUCUAAGUUUAUGCAACAAAAAUGUCUUCGUAUGAAGUCUAAUAUGAAAAUGACUGUAACCGGAGAUUUUAUUUAUAACGGCUUUAGAUGAAAUGCUGUUUUUCAGCCUUCAAAAGUUUGGGCCGCAUGCCUUUUGGAGUUCAUUUAAAUUAUUUUUAAAGAUGUAGGAGCCAUUUCUUUAUUUGAUUAGGGGUUCAAGCCCUAAAACUGACCAUAAGGCCUUGACACUUAAAACUUUCAGGGAUGGCAGUACUCCAGCUGGCUAGCCAUACGCAUGGAAUCGGCCCAUAGGUGACGCUAUAGUGAACAAAAAAAUGAUUCGCAUAUUUUGGCCAUAACUCCUAAACCGUAUGUCCGAGACUCAAGUGCCUUUUAUCAUUGGAAUCCUUGGCUCAAGACAAACAAAAUAGCAAUCCGAUAGCUAUUUUAAUAAACCAAACCAUUUUCAAAUAACGCUUCAACAAAGUCGACCACGAUUGCGCCAAAAUGGACUUGUGGCUGUAUCUUCGCAACACUUUUGCGUAAUGACACAAUACUUGGUAUAUGUCAUCACAGGCAUGACCUGAGGGUACUGCACAGUUUUGGCACAGUGCCACCUAGUGGUCAAAAUAUAUGAAAAAUUGCUAUUUUUGCUUAUAACUUCUGAAUAGUUUGGAGUAAAAUCAUAAGAUUGGUCUCUUUGGAUUCCUUGGGACAUAACGGUUUGAAUGCUAUCCAAUUUUUCUAUGUCGGCUAUAUUGGGCGUUGGCCAUUUUGAAUUUUGUCAUGAAAUUAUGUAUUUUUUUACACUCAUUGGCGUAGCAUUACAAAACCUGGUAUGCAUCAUUGGCACCAGGCCCUGAAGGUCUCUAUAAAGUUUGGAGGCAGUGCCAACUUGUGGUCAAAAGUUAAAAUGAAAUCUGUAAAAAUGCUUGUUGUUUCAUUAAUUUGGCCCAUCGCCCUGUGAGUGCUCUCGUUUGAUUCCUUGGGUUAUUCCAAGUACGCUGAUACCCAAUUUGCCAUGGUCAGCCUUACUUCCUGUCUGCCAUUUUUAAUUUAAUUGAAAAUUAGCUUUUUUUUGGACUUUUUUUACAGACUAAAUGGCUCUUGAACAGUGGCAGCGCACCGACGAAUUUGAUGGCAAGACAUCAAAAAGCAUCUCUGGCUAUAAUUCAGCAAUGCUGUGCACUAUUGACAAAACAGAGUUGUCACCACACUCUGACUGCACCAUACAAAUUUGGUGACAACGCAACCUUUUCGGCAAAAGUUAGAAUGAGUAAUAAAUUAAACCAAAUAAAUAAAACUGUAAUAGCUUAUUUUUAUUUAAGGUGCUUAUGAGCUAUAUGAAUAAUGCUUUUACAUCUUGUGACAUGUGAAAUUAUAGGACCUAUGCUGCUUGAACCCCGUUAAUCGCUGCUUGCAGCUAUAUUUGUAUUUGUAUCUUGUAUUGUAUUAUUCUUUGUUGUAAUUUCAUUUUUGCACACUGGGUGGCGUUUGAGGGCAUAGCAGAUGCUAUAUAGGUGAGCACAGAGGAAGAGGAAGUAAGGUGUUGUUGGCGGCGCUAUGGGAGAAAAGUGCCUCAGUUUGUUCCUGGGAGGUACUCAGCCUUACAGUCUCCAUUUGGUUAGAAUUAGUUGGGGCGAGGUUAGGGAAUCUGCUGCCUCCCAGGAACAAACUGAGGCCUCUGUACAAUGGGCUGUUGGCAGGAAAUCACAACAAUUUUUGACUAUAAUGUAAACACUAAACAGCAUUUUAUUUUGGGUAAAAAAUUCUGGAAAACUGUAGAAGCUGUUGCAUUCUUAGAUUCUGGAUGUUUUGCAACAUUUUGUUCAGAACACUUAAUGCACAAGUUAAAUAUGAAAGGAAAGAAAAACAACAUUCUUCUAAGAACAGUGGCUCAAGAAAAGCCCAUAAGGUAUCUGGUCUUCAUAACAAUACCUCCUACAGUCUUCCAGAAGUUUUCACCCAAAAUAAAAUGCCUGUAUCCAGAGACAACAUUGCCACACAUAGGGAUCUGGAUAGAUAGCCAUAUUUAAACAGGGUCACAAUUCCUCACAUUUGUGCUGAUGUAGAUUUGUUAACUGUUGUCAAUGCUUCUAAGGUAAUGGAACCCUGGGAUGUAAAUAGUGAUGGAGAUGGACCCUAUGCAGUAAAAUCCCUAUUGGGAUGGUUGUAAAUGGUCCACUUUGAGGAAGCAGCAACAAGCGGUACAGAAAUGGCUGCCCUAAUGUUACUAACAGGAUUUCCAUACCACCUGGAUUAUUUGACACAACCGAACUGUACAGUAAAAGAAGAUGGAAACAAGUCCAGUAUUUAUCCAACUUAUUCUGGAAAAGAUGGGUACGUGAGAACUUAACUUUGCUACAGGAGCGACAGAAGUGGAUUAAAGAAAGAAGAAGCUUCAGUCCUGGUGACAUUGUCAUCAUGGUGGAUACUUCAGCUCGUGAUUCCUGGUUGCUGGGACGAGUUCUGGAAACUUUUCCUGACACAGGAAUGGACUUGUACAUUCUGUGCGGGUUCAAAAUAAAACCAGCAUACUUGAGAGGCCUGUGACAGCUUUGCCUUCAUGAAAAAACAGACUAACAAAAGGACUGGUGGUAAAGACCAUGUCCCAACGGUGGUCAUGUGCUCGAAACCUCUGACCUGAAUAAAACUGAUUUAAUGAAAUUGCAUUGUAAUGGACUUUUUGGCUCCUUUGUAAUUAUUGAAAUGAAUUGUAAUGUCUCUCUGCCUGCCAUUCACAAUAAGGGUCUGGUGUGUAGGAGCCAUUUCUUUAUUUGAUUAUAUUUGUAUCUUGUAUUGUAUUUUUCUUUGUUGUAAUUUCAUUGUUGCACAGUGGGUGGCGUUUGAGGGCAUAGGUGUUGUUGGCGGGAAAGCACAACAUAUUUUUACCAUGUUCAUGCGAACAUGUUAAAGGAUUGUGUUCAUGAGAACGUGUUAAAGGAUCGUGUUCAUGAGAUUAUGGGAACAGUUCAUUGUGUUAAAGGAGUGUGUAAUGAGUGUCAUAACGUGUGAAAUGGAUUAUAUUUACAUGUGAGUGGAACAUUAAAUUGAACAUUUCUUUGAA